AUGUCACGCCUAUCGCAAACAAACCCUACAAAGUUGAUCGACUUUACGCCUGAAGAGAAGGCUCGACUCAGUGUAGACCUGCCUAAAUACUUGCGUCCCGAAUUCGCUUCAACGCGUGCUGGUCCUGGCCGGUCCACGCUCACUUAUAUUGAGGGUUGGAGGAUCAAGAAUCUGGCCAAUAAACUCUUUGGAUUUGAUGGAUGGAGUUCUGCUAUCACUGAUGUCACAGUAGAUUUCCUUGAUAUUGAUCAUGAGGGCAGAAUAUCCCUCGGCGUUUCCAUCAUGGUCAGAGUUACGCUCAAGGACGGAACUUUUCACGAGGAUAUUGGAUAUGGCUCUUCAGAGAAUCAGAAAAGCAAAGCAUCUUCAUUUGAAAAGGCUAAAAAAGAGGCAACAACAGACGCACUUAAGCGGGCGUUGACGUCUUUUGGCAAUGUUUUGGGCACAUGCUUAUAUGACAAGAACUUUUGCAAGUAUCUGAGUAUGCAAAAAGUCGAUAAGGUUAAUAUCUAA